AUGGAUGAAGAAAGUGUCGAUAGCAAGACUUCUACAGAAACAUAUAACCUGAAAUCUAGAACCUUUCGAAUACCGUCGCACAGUGACAGUAUUUUAGAAGUUUUGAAUUCUCAGAGAGAAAGAGGAGAAUAUUGUGAUAUUACAGUUCUUGUCGAGCAUCAACGAUUUACAGCUCACAAGUGUGUUUUAGCAGCAAGCAGUCCGUAUUUUGACACUCUACUUUCUUCUGAUAAUGACGGGUUAUAUUUGCGGCAAGUGAGCGUCGACAGUUUCAGAACAAUACUGGAUUUCAUGUAUACAUCAAAACUUCAACUGGAACCUGGAAAAAUUCAAGAUAUACUCUCGGCAGCAAAGUUUUUGCAAGUCAAAGGAGUUGUGUCAAUAUGCUGUCGAUAUCUCGAAACGCAAAUCAAAGCGUUGGCAAAAAAUAUACAAAAUAACCCAGAGCAGAAUUCGAGUCCAGCAGCUGUGUUGUCGGUUGAGUCGAGAGUCCCAGAAAAUGCCACGAUACCAAUGGCAAAUUAUUUAUCCCCCAUUUCUGGACAAAAUUCAAACCAGCCAUUACUACGGAGACCACCUCAGUUUUUGCCACAAAAUAACUAUAUUGGGGCUCCAGAUGUAGGGCGGCCUGCUCAACACGAAUUAGCAAAUAAUUACAACUUCAGUCCACCUGCCUUUCGAAAUGAUGACGCGUCUCGAUACUCAACAGCGUUUCCUAAAGUUCCCCAACCUAAAGAAAUGUUUCAUUCAAACCCAUCUAACCAAUAUCAAAUAAAUCCAUAUAACGAUCAACGGAAUUUCAACGAUGCCAAAAGCGAUGAAAGGAUUCCUCGACGUCCCGAUCACGGGAAUUAUCCAGACAGAAGAAAUCACAACUAUGAUCCCUCAAGGCGUCAUCAAGUUAACGCAGAUGGGCGUCUUUCGCACUGGAAUCCGAAUUAUGGAGUUGGUGGUCCACAUAAUGUAAGUAGUCCAAAGCCCCACUCGAAAUCGGCUGAUAUGUGGGACCGAAAACGCGGUGAACGCAAUUUACUUUUAUCUCAACCAACAUUAUCGAACCUAGGUCGGAAGGAAAACAAACAAUUUCCUCAAAUCUCUCUCACUGACAAUGCAAAAUCAGUGCGACAAGCAUUUAGGACAAAUGAUGACGAAUUUGCCUGUCCGUCACUUAUUAAUUCACCGAUCCCUCGAUAUCACUCAAACAACCAUGGUCGAGCUUCUGCUUCAAAAAAAUUUUAUAUUGAACAAUCACAUUCCCCGGGCGGAUUUGCUACAAUCUCUUAUUAA